AUGAAUGAUGAGCAGCUUGAAGAAUACAGUGCGUUAGAGCUAAUCUUCCCAGACCUCAUCACAAAGCAAACAGAAACUUCAUUUGAUGUCAUAAUUGAGCCUAAUCCUGGAGAAGAAAACUCAAUUGGGAUAAAACUAUCUAUUUUCUUAAACCCAGACUAUCCAAGAGAAGCUCCAAGCUACACCUUAAAGCCUCUAUAUGACCUAGACCGCAAUGCAAUAGAGCCUUUAAAUCAAGUUGUAAGUGAUAUUAUUGACAGAGACAUGGGUAAUCCUAUGAUGUUUGAUCUUAUAGAAGGUAUCAGAGAAUGGCUUAAUAUAAAAUUAAAUAUUUUAUUUUUUUUAGUGUCCAUGAUAAGGCUGCCUGAGUCAGUAUUUCUUCAAUUUUUAUAAAUAAUAUAGUUUGCCAGAUUUAGUAAAAAUGGCUUAAUAAUCAAUAUUCAGCUGAAGAGGAAGAAAAAAUAGUAGAAGUCGUCAAAAAAGUUUAUGAUACCUACACACCAGUUACCCCAGAAUCAUUUUUAGCUUGGCAAGAACAGUAUAAUAGAGAGCUGAAAAUAAAAGAAGAAAAUGACAGAGAGCUUUUAAAAGCCCAGCCUUACAUAAAUGGACUCACUUAUCAAGAUGUGUGGAGCAAACCGUCUGGAAAAGAAAUUUUCGAGAAGGGAUAUCAUGCUGGGGAUAUCUAUAUUUUCAAGGAAAAAUGCCUAUAAUAGCCUUCCGACCAUAUUAUUCUUAUGGCCAUUUAAAAACAAUUUAUGUGCAAUUUCCUAAAAAAUAUUUAAAUUUAAAACUUUUCUAUAUAAAAACUUACAAAACCCCAAAAAUCAUGCAGAAGCUGAUGAAGAAGACAAAGAAGGUUUGGAUGCAGAAGAUUAA